CUUUCCCGCCGUUUGCAGAGCGCCUUUGCGGAGGAGGAGAACAUGGUGAUGUCUCCGCUGGCCGCGCGGAUGCUCCUCUCCUCGAUCUAUCCCGCGGCCACGGGCGCCACGCGCCUCGAGAUGGAGUCCCGCCUGGGGCUGCGGAAGCUGGACCCGAUGCUGGUGUACAGAGUGCUGGCGACGGAGCGGAAUCUGCGCCUCGCCAGUCGCGUCUUUGUGAAUCACGGCGUGUGGCUGAAGCCGAUCUAUCGGAAGCACCAAUUUGAGGAGGUCGACUUCGCCAGGGCCGCGCUGGCGGCGGAGGUGAUUAAUGAGUGGUCAGCAGAGCAGACAUCUGGCCAGAUUCGCCACGCCAUUGAUGCGGAUGAGAUUCACGAGGAGCUGCAAAUGAUCCUCCUCAAUGCCGUCCACUUCAAAGCCCCCUGGCGAGUGCCGUUCCUCGAGCGUCGCACGCGAAAGCAGCUCUUCCGCACGGCCUCUGGCCGCACAGUCCGGGCCGAUGUCAUGGUGCAGCAUCCGGCGGACAUGCGAUAUACAGAAUCCGCGGAGUUGCGCGCGCAAAUCGUGGAAAUUCCCUACGCGUCGCAUUUCGACAUGUGGAUUCUCCUGCCGUGGCUUGGGCAGGAGCUCGAGGAGUUGGUGAGGAAGCUGACGGCGCAGCAUCUGCUGGAGAUCAACAGGAAUCUCACGAUGACGAAGAUCUCGCUGGAGUUGCCCAAGUUCUCCAUUGACAGCGAAGUGGACGCCAAGAGAGUGAUCGCGGAGAUGGGCGCGCCAUCGCUAUUCACCCGAUCCGACUUGGACAUCGCAAUGGCGGGUCCGCGCUUCACGGUUGGCGAGAUGAGGCAGCGUGUGAGGCUGGAGAUCACGGAGGAGGGCAGCGAGCUGGGCAUCAUCUCGUGGAUGGGAGUUCUGCAGCGCAUUGGCGUGGAUUUCCCCAACUUCCACGCCGAUCGUCCCUUCGUGUUCCUCAUCCUGUCCAAGGCGCUGAUACCGAUCUUUCUGGGUCACCUGGCGCAGCCUCCAGGCGACGUGAUUCAGUGCACAGUCUUCCACAGCAAUCACUUCGAUUACUAUGACGACUGCUGA